AUGUCGCCUGCUACUAAGGACGUUAUUGCCCGUGUGCGGCAAAUGAUCCCGCCUAUGCUGGACAAGUUUCACAAGGGACAGUUGGGGAGAGUGGGCGUUAUUGGUGGCAGCGAGGACUACACGGGCGCGCCGUACUUUUCGGCCAUGGCAAGUGCCCGGUUGGGGUGUGAUAUGUCCCACGUAAUCUGCACCCCCGCCGCCGCCGCCGUAAUCAAGACCUACUCGCCGAACCUGAUGGUGCACCCGCUCAUGCGCAACUCACCCCCCGGCACCAGCACCAGCACCAGCACCAGCACCAGCCCCGAGACCGACGCAUCCACCAUCGCGGAGCGCAUCAUCCCGCUCCUCGACCGGCUGCACGUGCUCGUCGUCGGCCCGGGGCUGGGGCGGGACCGGCUGAUGCAGGACACGUGCGCGGUCGUGCUGCGCGCGGCGCGCGCCCGCGGCAUGCCCGUCGUGCUCGACGCCGACGCCCUGCAGAUCGUCCAGCGCGACCCGGCCCUGGUGCGCGGCUACGCGCUCGCCGUGCUGACGCCUAAUGUUGUGGAGUUUGCGCGGCUGGCGCGGGCGUUGGGCGUGGAGGGGCAGGAGGGGGAUGUGAGGGAGGCGGGGACGGCGGCGGUGGAGGCGCUGGCGAGGGUGUUGGAGGGCGUGAUGGUGCUGCAGAAGGGGGGGAGGGAUAAUUUGAGUGAUGGGAGGGUUAUGUAUACGGUGGAUUUGGAGGGCGGGCGGAAGAGGAGUGGUGGGCAGGGGGAUACGUUGACGGGGAGUAUUGCUACUUUUUUGGGGUGGAGGAAGGCGUAUCUGGAUGGGAUCUGGGAGACGGGGGGGCGGUUGAAGGAGGAGGAGCUGGUGGCGCUGGCUGUGUUUGGGGGCAGCGCGAUUACGAGGGAGUGCUCACGCCUCGCCUUUGCGAAAAAGGGCCGCAGUCUGCAGGCGAGUGACCUCACGGACGAGGUGCACACGGCCUUCCUAAACAUUUUCGGGGAGGUGAACGAUGACAGCAGUGGCGCGAGGCUGUGA